AUGGAAAUCAGAAAGGACCCGAACUACAGGGAUCCCUCACCAAUAAAGGGCCAUCCGCCUCCGCACAACCGGCAUAAAUACUGCCACUACCAUGGCUCUUUUGGUCACUAUACAGACAAUUGCAUUUCUCUGAAAGAGGUGAUCGAAAGGUAUAUAGCUGAUGGCAAGUUGAAGUGUUUCGUGGAGAGACGAGAGGGCACCUCGGACAAGCGCCCUGCGUAUAAGUUUGCCGGGAACCAGGGAUCGUCCGGGCGUGAUGCGCGCCCGGAAAAGCAGCAAUACUAUCGGGAAAGAAGACCGCCUCAACAGCCCCGCAGGGAUGUCCGAGCGGAGAAGUCGCCUCAACGUGAGCGGAGCAGAAGCCGCGGGAGGCCGCAGGACUCGGGGUGCUUCCCCGAAAUCCAGACUAUAGCUGGAGGCUUUGGAGGGGGAGGCGAGACUUAUUCGGCUCGCAAGUCUUACACGAAGGAAAUGCGAGAGGUGUCCAUUUACGCGAUUACAAGGCCGGAAAAAGCGGCGAGGCGCGAGAAGUUAACCAUCACCUUUUCAGAUGAAGAUUACGAGGGGGUGUACUUACCCCAUUCGGAUGCCCUGGUGGUAACCAUGGUUAUAGGAAAUCACAGGAUUCAUCGGGUCUUGGUGGAUAAUGGUAGUUCAGCGGACAUUCUCUAUAAGUCGGCCUUCGACUUGAUGAAAAUUAGUAAAGAUAAGCUCUCUGCCUUCAGAUUUCCCCUGGUGGGGUUCGCAGGAGAACAGGUGAUGCCACUGGGGUCAAUUGAGCUUCAAGUUACAGUGGGCAGUUCCCCGACAGAGAAGACAAUUCCGGUAAGGUUCCUUAUUGUCGAUCAACCCUCCGCUUACAACGCUAUAUUCGGGAGGACAGCUCAGGCUGAGUUGAAAGCGGUUACAUCGAUACCCCAUCUUAAAAUGAAAUUUCUGACGGACGACGGAGUAGGAGAAGUCCGAGGGGAGCAGAAGGCAGCCCGCAAGUGCUACAAUGUUUCCCUGGGGGGUCCUUCCCGCCAGGCACACCCCGGUCAGGGGACAGGUCCUGUGACUAAAUAG